AUAUCCAGACACGGUGAUAGGGUUUAAUGGUUGCUGGCUUAUCGCUGUGUAUAUAUUGUUCUGGUGCGCAGCCGCGAGUUCUAGCUAGGGUUUCUUUCACCUUCUGGAGAACUAUCGGCGAGCGAGCUUUUUGGAAGGGCAAACAUGAGUAAGCUUCAGAGUGAUGCCCUGAGAGAAGCUAUCGCAACCAUUGUGAAAGAGUCCACAGAGAAAAAGAGAAACUUUGUUCAGACUAUUGAACUCCAGAUUGGGUUGAAGAAUUAUGAUCCCCAGAAAGAUAAGCGUUUCAGUGGUUCUGUGAAAUUGCCGCAUAUUCCUCGUCCGAAAAUGAAAGUAUGCAUGCUUGGUGAUGCUCAGCAUGUGGAAGAGGCAGAGAAAAUUGGUUUGGAUUAUAUGGAUGUGGAAGCAUUGAAGAAGCUAAACAAGAACAAAAAACUUGUUAAGAAGCUCGCAAAGAAGCACCAUGCCUUUUUGGCUUCAGAAUCUGUCAUCAAACAGAUCCCUCGUCUUUUGGGGCCUGGUCUCAACAAGGCAGGAAAGUUUCCUACACUUGUUUCUCAUCAAGAGUCCCUUGAGUCUAAAGUUAACGAGACCAAGGCAACAGUGAAAUUCCAGUUGAAGAAGGUUCUCUGCAUGGGAGUUGCUGUGGGAAAUGUUUCUAUGGAGGAGAAGCAGAUAUUCCAGAAUGUUCAAAUGAGUGUUAACUUCCUGGUUUCCUUGUUGAAGAAGAAUUGGCAGAAUGUCAGAUGUUUGUACCUGAAGAGCACCAUGGGCAGUCCAAACCGCAUCUUCUGAGUUAAAUUUAUAUAUGUUGAAGAUGUGUAAGGAGAGAACUAGUUGAACAAAUACUGAAAAGUUUUCUAUCAGAAUGCUCAUGUUUUCCUUCUGUUUUGCUAGUUACUUUGUUUCCUUGGUGAGUAGUGUUAAAAUGUUAAGACGUACCCAAGAUUUUGGAGAAGGUGAUUUUUUUUUGCUUUUUAAUUUUGAACCUCAACUGGAACUUUGGUAUUAUUGUUCUGUCACUACCUCUUUGCAAUGCCUUCUAUAUUCAGAUUAGCUUAUGCUACCGGCUUUGGCGU